AUGCUCGCAGAGCCCAAGUCGUCUGUAAUACGCGGGGAUCGUAAGCACAUCACGUCCAAAUUCACCGAUGGGAGCGAGCUCGUUGAAGAGUAUGACGUGGUGACAGAUUCCCUGUUGCUGAGAAAGCGCCGUACCCGCAAUGCCCUUGGCGGCUUUUCCGAGUGGUCUAUAGAAGUUGGCACUGAGGCGCCAUCGCGCAACCUGGAUCGGGCCUUGAUUGUCGAGUCAAGCGGAAGUCCAGUGGUGGUGCGACAGGACACAAGGGAGAGCUACGUGGUGCGAAUCCGCAAUCUCCCGUACCCGAAAGACGUGGUCUCCGUCGCGGUCGAGCGCGAAGAUGGGGACAGCGUCGGAAAGAUCGUAGUGCGCACGUCAAACAAGAAGUACUUCAAGAGGCUUGCCAUCCCUGACCUGGAGCGUGCCCGCAUUCCGUUGGAGAGCACGCACCUUUCCUACGAUGUGCAGCAUCAAACACUUAUCAUUCAGUACAAGAAGCCCCUGUCUGUGGUGACCGCCGAGGCUGCAGCGCGGAAGGAGCGCGCAUCGAUGCCCUCGAAGCGCACCGAUGACAGCAGCCCGGACUGCAAGCAGCAGUAA